CAGUUAGUAACGUUUAACAUUCGAUCGAUAGCGAAUUGCAAUUUUUUUAGCUUCGCUUCCGACUUCAUAACCCGUGAGUGCGAUUUUGUAUAUGUAUCUACAUAUACAAAUACCUGAUUCAACAAGACCAACAAAACAAAAUACUUAUAUUUAAUUAUUAUCGCAGCUUAUCAAAAGAAUAAAAAAUAUAUAAAAAUGUCUCCAAGAAAAUGCUUCGUCGAAAGUUAAGGCCGAUGACUUAUAAGACGAAAAGAAAAAUUAAUUUUAGUGCGUUAUGUAAUACAUACGUAUAACUGUGUAAAUAUAAAAUAAUUAAAUUAAUGUGUUUGAUUUUCUUCCAAUGUGAAAACAUUAAAAAGUUCAAGUUUUAAUAUUUUUGGCAAGUGUAAAAAUACUUUUCUCAUUUCAGUUUUCAAUAUAAAAAAGCUUUAACGCAUAGCUACUUUCAAGAACUUAACGUGACAGUAGUAAAAGUAAAUCGGUCUGUUUUCCCUUGGUCUAGAAGGUCUGAAACACUCAACUUGUCGGUGAGACACACUCGUAUGUGACUCGUUGUGAUCUCAUGAGUUUUGCUCUCUCGUUAAACACAAAAAUAAUAAGGUAUUGGAAAAGUUCCUAUUUUGUUUUUGCAGCUGUUUUAACUUGAGUAAAGUUUAAAAAUAAAUCUUAAUAGAUAAAAUGGACGAUGAUGAUGCUCCAAUUCCUUUCAUACGCAAUCGUCAAAGCAGAAAAAGCCGACGUUACUCAAAAGGCCGCCGUGUCAGCAUUGAAAGCAAUAGUAGUGUUGAUAGUUUAAGCCAACCAACAUCGACCUCAUCGUCAUCCUUACAAUUCUCAUAUUCUGUUAAUUCACAAAGUGAGUCCUUGGCGAUCAAAGGGAGAGCUCUUGAAAAAAUGGAAUCUCCUCGCGAUGACAUCCAACGUUUAAGAACACAACAACUACAGUCGAAUUCUCAAAGUGAGCCAUCCCUUUUGAACUUACAACGAUUAUCACUUGACCAAAUACAACGAACACCAGUAAGAGCAUUACGUCAAAGGUUUGAGGAGCUCAAUGGCCAGGAACAGAUAAUUUUCAAGACACCAACAUAUAAAAGUACAAACAAGGCACUUAGUGGAUGGCGGCAAGAAACUAACCACAGUAUAGAUGAGGCAGCAACUGAAGAUGAACUCGAUGGGUUUAGUGAUAACGAUGGAAUUAAAACUGAGUCAAUACCUGAUAUACCACCACCAAUACCGGAUUCUUCACCUCCUAGAUCAACUCCACCAUUGUCCAGGGAACAAAGCAUAAUAGAGGUUGAAGGGACUAACAUUGAAAUAAUUAAUGUUUUAAAUGAAAGUGAGAAUGUCAACGAACACAAAAUUAAUGAAGUCGGUCAGCCAAGUGAUAUCCCUGUGGAAUCAAGGAAUAAUUCUAAUAGCCAGAGUGCAACAUACAACUUUGAUUUCCCCAGACAUUACAGAUCGGAGCCAAGGAGGAAGACUGAAAUAAUAGCGCAAUCAGAUUAUACGAUUGCGAAUAAGUACAAUUCGUUUCGUUGCGGCAGCACUGUAGAUGGAGAAAACGAAGAAGCGAUUCUUCGGGAAAAAUGCGACAAAACCAUACAACCAAUCUUAGAUGAACUGAUAAAAACCGAAGAAUCAUACGUGGAGAAUUUAUUCAUGGGUAUAAGUAAUUAUGGCAACAUAUUUUCAAGAAAAGAUCUUCCACCCGGCCUGAGAGGAAAAAAGUAUGUUUUGAUUGGUAAUAUUGAACAAAUUGCUGAGUUCCACCGGGAUGAGUUUUUACCUAUGCUACAAAGGAAUAAAGAUGAUCUUAUAAGAUUAUUUGAUGAAUUUUCAACUUUCAUUGAUGAAAACUGCUUUUAUGGAUACGUUCUGUUUACGAUGAACAAAAAAAGAUCAUUAAAGUUGUGUGAAUUACACAGGGACUACUUCAAGAAUCUGCAAUCCGAAUUGAAUGACAAAUUGGGUAUUAAUAGUUUUCUUGUACAACCGAUCCAAAGAAUGGCUAGAUAUCCGCUUCUUCUUCAGCAGUUUAUAACGACACUCUUUAAACAUAGGGACUUCUAUUUCAAAUCAGUCAUAGAAUCUUGUUGUCGCCUGGAGAAAAAAAUACGUACUCUGCUUACAAUGACAAACGAGUCAGAAGUUAUAAACGAUAUUGUUGAAUCCAAUGAUUUCAAUGUUGCUUAUCAGGGAAAAUUCCGAAAAGUCAGUGAAUUUGUCGUUUUCGAUCAUAAUUUGAAAAGGGGCUAUCGAUCUAAGGUAUUUAUUUUUGAAAAAUGUCUUAUUUACACUGAAAUCAAGGACAAACGAUUGAUAUUCCGCGGUUGUUAUCCCUGCGAGAGAAUUGGAAUAAUAGCUAAUAAGAAGUCAUUCACCCUCUUUUAUCAAAAACGAAAAACGCAGGAGUGUGACUUUACAGCAGAUCCAGCUCAAUGCGAGCAUUGGCUCGAGUUAAUAACCGAAAUGAUUAGUUCAUUUGCAAAAGAAGAACGUCGAAAAUUGAAGGAAAAAUAUUCUAAAGAGAACGAUCAUGCGCACCGUCGACCACCUAGCUUAUCACAAUUUAGGAAUUCAAAUCGUUUCAGUUCAGAUAGUGGAAUUGGAAAUAUGUGGUCAUUACCGAAGCCAGUUGAUGACAUGAAAGAUGAAGAUAAAAAGUCAACAUGGUAUGCUGUUUAGAGAAAUUAAAUUUUGCAUAUGAUUGCACAAUGUACAUGUGAUAAAUCAUCGUUUUUGAUAGAUACAAGCAUAUAUGUAUACAUAUGUAUGUUUUUUUAAUUACCAAAUGUAUUAAUUUAUUUCUUUUGUAUAUAUUGUUUCUGUAAUUAUGAUAGCUUUAAUAAUUGUUAAUAAACGUAAUGGAAAAAACA